AUGCUUAGAAAUGCAAAAAGCCCAGCUUUACUGUUCCCUUCAAAAAUAUCAAAUUCUCUGCAUCAACAGCAGCUUGAAGUAGGACUUUUGGAAAAGUUCCCAGUGGUGGCUUUCCUUAAAAGCAAUGGUUUAGCUACAGCAGUUGAUAUAAAAGAUGCAAAAAAAUGUACUCAAGAUAUUCAAAUUAAAAAGCAAAGAUAUACUUUACCUCCUUCUGAAAAUAGUAUAAAACAAGUACCUGGAGUUGUUUAUAAUACAUGGUCAUUAUUCAACCUAUCAUCCUCACUUACGUCAAAAUAUUCCAGGAGAUACCUUUUUUCAAAUAGUCAAGGGGAGAAAAAAAAUUUGCAUUGUGAUGGAUAUAGGACAAAACACUGUUUUCGCUUUGCAUCAACAUCCUCAAAAUAUUUAAAUUGCACUCCUCAAACUUACGCCAUCAAAGAGUCAAAACAGAGGGAUGAGUUUUUAAAAACAUUAAGCAAUUGUGCCACAGCAGAUGAAAUUCUCAAACAAACAGGUAUCAUAUUAGCCGAUGGAAACCUUCAAAAGCAUCACCUUCCCUCUCUUUUUACUAAAUUUCAGACCACAGUUUACGCCAAUUUAUCUCAACCCUGGUUACUGGAUGAGGAUCAUUUAAUAAGAAAGCAAUUGAAAAUGAAUUUUCAGAGUGAUCAACUUCUCAGACCCUACACACAAGAUCAAAGGUUUCAACAACUCCUGACUGCUUUGGAAAAUUUUGUACCACAUAUGGCACUUGAUGAAUGUCUUCUCAUUUUGAAAGCUUUAGAGUAUCUGGAGGUCACCUUUGAUUUUCCUGUGGUCCAGCAGCUUUACAGCAAGUGUUCUGACAGUGUGGCCAAUAUGAGCCUUCAUCAACUGGCACAAUUAUCUCACUGUCUCCAGUCCCAUCCACCUGACUUGCAAGUAAUGGGGAAAAUAGCAGAUGCUACAAAAUGUUUACUAACAGCUCAAGACAAACCAGACCUGGACUUUGCUGAUAUUUGUGAAAUAUUUAGAAAUAUUAAAUAUGUUGUUAGUACUGACCUGUUCCUCCUGUGCGCAAGAAAAAUGUUAACUAGAAUGGAGAAUGAACCUGAUAAAAUAACGCUUGACAUGAUAAGUCAAACAUGUCUGUUUGCUGCAAUUUCAGACAAUGUAUGUUUGGAAAUCUUGGUGAAUGGCAUUCUGAAUUUCCCUUCUCACUGCCUGCAGCACAUAGACUUUAACGUAUCAUCUUUGACUUUUGACUUAGCCUGCACUAUGAAUGGUAAACUGUGGUUGUGUCCAGUGCUUCACGGUGUAAGACAUAUGUGUAACAAAGAGCUUCUCUCAGGUUCAAAUUUGUCUGCUGAAGCGGUUGUUAAACUUACCUUAGGAAGCUCUUAUAAUUUUGUGAGUUACUCAGACAAAAUACAAGAAAUCCUCAAGAAGUCUAUAAAAAAAUCUGAUAAUUUUCUUCUAAUAGAGGUAAGGAUUAAAAUCAUUCUAAAACAAAUAUGUUCAACCACCUCCUAUUAUGUUUUAGAGCAGUGGUUUCCAAACUUUUAAAAUUGGCGGACCAGUGGACAAGUUUUGAAAUAGCACCAGGGGACAGUGUCUGGUUUAUUAAUUAGUAUUUCAAUUUAUUUGACCAUACUUAUUCAUGUAGCCAUCCCAAUCUUUAAUGUAAUCAAAUUACAUCCUUUAUUUCAACCAUGCGCAAAAGUCUGCUCACCAUAUUUCAUAAGAGGUCCUCAAAUAAAAAACUAUCAGGCCUGCAAAACAAGUUAUUCUCCCCGUUUAACUGGAGUCUCAUUCAGUAUUUAGAGAUUCAUAAGUGCCAUGAAUUUUGGUGGAAUUAAGCUCUUUAGAUCAUUUUGAACCUAUCAAAUGAAGUGCUCAAGAUUUGGAGUAAGACUAAGUAAGCAUUUAAAUGUAUCAAAAUGUGAUUUUUUUUAAAAUGAUCCAUUAGUGGUUUCCAAUUUCUUCUCCAAUAUUUUGACUUCUUUGAUGAAAUGGUUUCAAUGAAAAGAGAAGCUUAAUUUGAUUUGAGCUAAUCUAAUCUACAUUAGGAAUAAAACUCAGUGGGCCAUCCAGUCAUAAGUUCAUAAUGCCCUUCCCAGAGUAACCCCACCCGUCAAGCCCGGAUAACCGCUAUUAUUGGGCACCCACCUGAGCUAACAAAAAUAAUCUAUUUUGAUGCUUUGAUGAAGGCUCAAGUUAACAUGAUCACACUUGUACUAAGUUGUACCUUGUCUUAAAAAUUAUCAAGAAUAAAAAAUUGAUGGAUAUGACAAAAACUUAAUUUUUUUACUUUUACUUGUUCCUAGAUGUAAAUAACUAUGCAUAUGACCUCUUCAGAUGAUGAAACAUGAUAUUAUAUGUUGGCCAGCCAAUAAAUUCUUGAUGGAAGCAUACCAUGAAAGAUUGGUCAAGCUUGUCACACAGCUGAAUGAGCAACAAUUAGAGGAAUUACUGUGGCAGGAUAAAGGCGAGACAGCCUAUCUCAUAUAUCAGUUUUUAAGGAGGGUGAGUUUUUGUGUCCAGUCUCAGAAACAGUCCCCAAACUGUCUAAGUAAAAAUAUGUAAGAUAAGUCCCCAAGCAACUUUUCAAUCUUGCUUUUAUUGUUAAUAUAUAUGUAUAUGCUUAUUAUGGUCUUAUGAUUAUCGAUUUUGCCCAAAUAAAAUUUUACAAAAAUGUUUUGAACAUUUGAGGGAAAGCUUUUCUUUCUUUUUUAAAGAUGAAAAUAUGAGCUCUAGAAUUUUUAAUUUUUAUAUUGAAAAAUCAGUGAGUGAUUCCGGUGAUCUAUUCUGUUACUUUUCUAAAAAUAAUCCUAUUUAACUUAUUUGCAACUGUUAUUAAUGCAAUGGGGAAAUGAAGAAGAAAAAAACAGUCAUUACAUUUUUUUAGAAUUAUAAAAAUAAAAUGAGUGAGUUCUGUAAUUUUUUACUAUGAAGAAUUUAAAAACUCCAGCAUUAACCUCUCUCCUUGGAUAACUCAAAACUUAAUGCUGAAGUCUCUAGUGCAGUGAAUGUUAAUGUUUUUUUAUGUAAAAAAAACACAACCAUACUGCUCCAUAGCUAUUAUUGAAGGUGCAUUGAUACUGAAUCCUUAUUUUAAAUAAGCACAUUUGGCUCUGAACAUCUGUUUUUUGUCAGAAAUCUCUUUGUAAAAGCUGGCCACAUGUGAAAUAAAACAUCAAACUGUUUUUCCUGGCCCUGGACACUUGUUCAUUUUGUUAUGAAUUUUUUAAAAAAAAAAGAAGAAAAAAAGAGGAGACUUAAAAAAUAUAUUUUUUUACUGAGUUUGAACUUUGAAAUAAUUUUUUCCUUACAGAUUUCAGCAUCUGACAUUAGCUUAAAUGCAUCUUUAUUGAAAUUCACCUCAAACCUUACAAACCUGGGCAUGGGGAAAUGGUAUCAGCCAAGUUGGAAGGUCCAAAUGAAAAUAGUGGAUGCACUGGACGUGCUGAAGGCUGACAGCAGGGUAGAACAUCAAGAACUGACAUCUUUACUGAAAACUGUAGGGUGUCUGGACUCACAUGAACUGAUGCAGUUGUACAGAAACAUUGAAGACAUUAUGCUCACUGUAAGUAAUCUGCCCUUGAGCAAACAGUUUUAUGCAUUCAUAUCUUACUUGCAAUGCAGGAGUAGGUCGACUUAAGCACAGUUGUAAUCAGUGUUUCGUUCAGUCAUUUUUCCACGGGGAGGCAUUUCAAAUUUAGGGGGGGGGGUGGCAGUGCCAGAGGCAUAGCUAAGGGGUGGCAGAUGUGACUUAUGUCCUGGGGCACCAGACUAGCGUAGGGGGGCCAAAAUGGGCUUUGAUGGUAUUUAAUGGUUGAAUAUAAGUGGUUUCAGAGAUGAGGGGGCGGGGAGGGUUUAACCCCUGAUGCAAAACACUCUAGAUACACCCCUGCUAGUGGCAUAGAAAUAAGGGGGGUGGGGUGGUCCAUCCCAGGUGUCAGUUUUUCUUCUUAUGCAGGUAUGGCAUUUUUGGAAAACUGCAGAGUUUGAAUCGUGAAAGGGAGGAUAGCAAAAAUAUUUGGCCAUCUAUGGCGGCACUAAUACAGACCUGUUUACCCUCAAACUCUUAAAAACGUACAAUAUCAUCACAAAAUCAUUUAAUACAUUAUCUUAAUAGUAAAAAAUAAACGUACAGUAUAUAUAAUGUAUACACCUCAAAAUCGUACAUUGUACGCCAAAAUCGUAAGAGUAAACAGGUCUGCUAAUAGUGUCUAUUUCUUCAGGAAAUGAGGCGGAAAUUGUGGGCCCCAAUGAAUCUAGAUAGGUGUGGGGUCUGGGGAGCAGGAACAGAAAAUGUUUGAUUAUUUCAAAUACAAGAGGUGUAUUUUUGAGUAUACUUGAAUUCAAUGUUUCUGGGACAUUUUAAGGUUUUGUGGGAGGCAAUAUGUUGCCAGUACCAAACAUAAACUGACUUCAAUCCGGUUGUGGCAUUCCUCAGGGUAAUCAUUUGGCACAGGCGUAUAAUCAACCCCAUACUAUAACAUUGAUCAGCAUGAGGGAAGGGGGUACAGAAAUUUAGGGUGCUAUAGACAAUCAUUUUGUGGCAUACCGGGUACUUGAAUUUGUAGUUUUUCUCAGACAAUUUUGAGGUGGCAUUUCAAACUUUCAGGUAGGAAGUGCCAAAAUUAACCAUAAUAAUUAUCAAAAACAUCUUAAACUAUUUUAUAUGCUGAAUGCAAGUGGAGAAAAAAAAACUUACUUAUAAUAAUUAGACCUUUUCUAAUUAUUUCCAAAUUUUACCAGUCAAAAGGAAAAAAAACCUGUAAAUUAGAAAGGUCUAUACAUUUUAUGGGUUUUGAAAACUGGUCAUUUUUAUAAAUCGUAUAUGAACGCCAUAGUCUAAAUAUUUUAAAAAGACAGUAUAUAUUUAUUAAUGUGUGAUUUCGUCUAAGGGAAAUCGUAUGUAAAUAAAGUAUAAAUUUCCAAUAUUUAGUAGAUUUAAAUUUUUAUUUGGAAUUCAAACUACUAUACCUUUCUUCAGAUAAAUUACAAAUUGCCUCUUUAAAAUAUUUUUAACUAAAUUCACAGAAUCUAUUUUUAAUUAAUGAAUUAGCAAAAGAAUUUUUUCUAAAAUUAGUAUCAAAAAAUGGAAUUGGCAUGAUAAUCCAAAUGCGAGUUCACAAAAACUUUUUUUCUUAGCUUUCUACUGGAAUUUCAUCUAAAAUAAAAUUUAUAACAUAAAAAAUUAGUGCAAAAGAAUGGGGCAGUUUGUUUAUUAUUCUGACUUUAAAAAGAGAAAACCGUUGGGAAGUUAAAAAUAAUAAAUAUAGGUUUUAAAAAAACAAACAAAUCUGUUAUUCAGGAAACUUUUUAACAAAGGUAGCACAUUUAAAGAAAACAAAAACACUUUCAAUUUAAUAAUAAUUGAUGAAACAUGCACUAUUUGAAUGCGCCCUUUAUAUUCUAAAUUAGAAAAAAAAUAUGAUGCCAUCUUAAAAUUUAUACUUAACACCUAUCCCUACUUUAAAAGUCAUGUAACAGACGCCGUGCAGCAGUUUUGAGUAUCCGCGCAGCAAAUUUCCAUGUAAGUGUGUGUUUGUGUUAGUGGGCUGUAAAAUGUUGCACACAAAAAAAAUUGAUGCUGUAAAACUUUGCACACAGCUGUAUGAUUUUGCAUUCGAACCAAAAAACCUUAGAGGGAACAUUGGUGGCCAGUACGAUAUUUAUAACCAAAUACUAUAACAAGAUUAGCCUUAAAUAUACGGAUCAUAAAAUAUAUUUAGCCUUGCGAUAUUUUAUAGAUUCCCCUUAUUGCAAUCAGUCAAAGGCACCAGUUUCUAUGUUUUUUAAAACAGUUUAAAAAUGACAAGAGAGAUGGCUGAAAGAAACUCUGUUUGUAACAUGAGAUAAUAGGAAUGGAUUUGUUAUGAUCUCUGGACACUGGUUUUUGUUGCUGGCUAAAUUUGAUUCAUGUUAGUGAUGAGCCAAAUUAAAAAAUUUACAGGAAAUUUGAAAAUCGAUUUAAGUGCAUAUAAAAAUAUUAAAAGUUAUAAAUAACAUUAAAUUAACUGAUCAAAUAUUUAAAAAUUGAUGAGAGAAUUUCUGUUAGAUAUGUGUUGUAAGGUAUUGCUUUUAAAACCAUAAUGAAAUAAUAACACAUUGUUUUGUUUAAAAUUUAAUGAAUGGUAAGCACAGCCAGUUUUUUUGCUAAUGUGCCUUAAUUGAUCGAUAGUUGGCAUCAGUAAAUUUCUGUGAGACAAUGAUGUAGCUUCAGAUAUAUCUGCAACUUUACGGAAUAGAUUGCUAAAUGUUGCUGCAGACAAAUAACAUUUCAUGAGUUUGGCAUCGAAUUGAUUGAUGAUGGGGAGAUGUAUAUCAGUUUAGGGUUCAUGCCUGGAAACGUAAAGCCAUGGAUCAGUCUGAAUGGAAGAUAGUGGCGGGGCAAGCCAGAACCCUACAUGGGUUACAGAUACAGCUCCAUUGAUGAUGAUGACUUUUAUUUAGUAUAGAAACAACAUUCAUUUACCGACUUUCAAAACUUCAUGCAAAUUUUUUUACAUUUAACCACCAGCCAUAAUGUAGUUACCAACUUAGAAUGCAAGGAUGCUUUGUGACAUCAUUUUAAAUCAGCAGUGUUUUUCUCUUGCGUAACAGAACAUUUUUUUUUGACACUAAACUGAUAUGUUUACCAUACAUUAGGCUGGGUGAAACAGUUAAGUAAAGGAACGUUUUGAGUCAGUGGCUCCCAAAAGUAUAACCCUCAGUAAGUGAAAUAAUUGAGGGGUGUAGAGAAGAUUUUGUGUGAUAUUUGAGCCAAUGCAAUUUGUAUUUUAUUCCUAAAAGUCAUUUUUUAAAAAUAUAUUUAAAAAUAAAUAUACAUUUUAAAAAUUUCAUACAUGUGCAUGGUUAAGAGAAAUUUCCAUUUCUGUUAUUUGGAUAGGUAAUUUCUUGUUGUGCUAUAAAAAUAUUUGUGAAGUACUAUUUCAUGGUCCCAAUAUUCUUUAAUUCUACAUGAUUAUCCGUCACGUCAGUAAAGUGAUUAAAAUUUUUGUUUGCUUCCCCCCAUUCAUUUCCUUGUUUUUUUUCUACAGAAAUAUCUGAAAAAGUCUGUGAAACAGCAAGCAGUUGUACUUCGGAGUAGACUUUUGGAAAUUUUCACUGAAAGAAUAUCCCAAACCAGGACUCUGAGUCCAACUUUAAGUCACAUAAAAAUCUUGCCACGCUACAAGGCACAUGAUUGCAGAAUGGGUCUUGUGGAGCCGCUUCUGGACAGCCUGCCAAGGUUGACAGCAGAUAAGGAGGAGGUCAACUGUCUGCGGGCGUUGAGGAUCUUGGAGUUAUCCACUGUUAUAUUCCCAGUGUACCAGGUGACUUCACAGUGGGAACAUUCUUUUAGUAGAUAAAAGCUCUGUUGUUUCUGUUUUAAUUUUAAGAGUGUGGCUUUUUACUUUGCUAUAAGUAGUUUAAGUUUAAAAAGAAGCCCUUAAAGUUAAAAGAACACAUUUUUUUUUUCCUUAUAGAGAGCCACUAACGAUCUAAACAGAGGCAAUAAUUACAAUAAUUGAAUUUCACACCUAUUUUAAAUCAUAAAAGCUUCACCUGAAAAUCAUGUGUAGUUGUUUUUUUAUCGACAGAGUGAAACUUAUGAAAAUCUGGUCAGUUUUCUGAUGCUCCGUCCCAAGCCUUUGUUUUAUGCCAGCUUGCAAUUGGUAAAGGCUCUAUCGCACUCUGGCUAUAUGCCCAAUAAUGCCGAUUCCUUCAUCACCUGGGCCCAAAAUCUGAUGGCUGAAAUGAUGCAUAAGGAUAUUCUAGAGAAUCGCUUCAAAGUAAAGUCUCAUAUCCUGAAUUUUUUAAAUAAUUGUUUUUUAAUUAAUAGCUGAAAUGAUUAACUGAUGUAUAUUUAAUAUUAAAAAUUGUACCUCUUUUACUUUGUGAUAUGUUGAACUAAAUUGGUUUGAGUUGUACUAUUCUUAUAGAAACAUCUUGUUUAAAAUGAUUUCACCCUCCAUUGAAAUUAAAAAGAUAUCUUAUAAUUACAUUUUCCAAUAUAAAUUACAUGCAUUAAUGUAAAAUUUAGAGAGUUUAAGUCAUAAUUAAUAUUCAGUCCGGUAUUUUUAAAAUUUUUCCACAGGUGGAAAUGAUGUUUGCCUUAUCUCUACUGGGGAUUUAUUUUGAUGAAGUCCUCAGCAAGAUUUUUACUUUAGAUUUCAUUUUGGCUUUCGAAAGAGAAAUUUCAGGUCAGGGCUACAAAGGCAACUGGUUUAGGAAGAUAGGUUUACCACUAGUUUCAAAAUCUAAUUUAAAGAUGGCCACAUGUAAAAUGUAUUGUGCCACAGUAUAGAAAUGUACAGACAUUUUAAAAGAAAACAAAAAAUAAUUUUUACUAAUUUUUUAAAAAGUUGCAAAUUUAGGCCUAACCAAAAAGAAAUUUAAUUAUCACUUUGUUACAAAAAAAAAAAUCAAUUUAAUAAUUUGAAACAGUACUUUGUAUUUUUAAAUCCAUUUGAGUUAUUUUUUUGUGUUGUCAGGGUUCAGCAUGAGGUGAAAAAAUUAUAUAAUAUUUUGUGUUAAGUUUAAGAAACAGUAUUUAUACUCUAGUAAAAAAAAAUGCACAAAUCGCUGAUAAAAUUGUUGUUUCAAAUGAUGGUCCUGUGUCUGUUUCCCUAUUGUAACUAAUUCCUUCUCAUGGUCUGUAUGUCUGUUUCCCUAUUGUAACGAAUUCCUUCUCAUGGUCCUGUGUGUCUGUUUCCCUAUUGUAACCAAUCCCUUCUCAUGGUCUGUAUGUCUGUUUCCCUAUUGUAACCAAUUCCUUCUCAUGGUCUGUAUGUCUGUUUCCCUAUUGUAACAAAUUCCUUCUCAUGGUCCAGUGUGUUUGUUUCCCUUUUGUAACUAAUUCCUUCUCAUGGUCCUGUGUGUCUGUUUCCCUAUUGUAACUAAUUCCUUCUCAUGGUCCUGUGUGUCUGUUUCCCUAUUGUAACUAAUUCCUUCUCAUGGUCUGUAUGUCUGUUUCCCUAUUGUAACGAAUUCCUUCUCAUGGUCCUGUGUGUCUGUUUCCCUAUUGUAACUAAUUCCUUUUCAUGGUCUGUGUGUCUGUUUCCCUAUUGUAACUAAUUCCUUUUCAUGGUCUGCGUGUUGUUUCCCUAUUGUAACUAAUUCCUUUUCAUGGUCCUGUGUGUCUGUUUCCCUAUUGUAACUAAUUCCUUUUCAUGGUCCUGUGUCUGUUUCCCUAUUGUAACUAAUUCCUUUUCAUGGUCUGUGUGUUGUUUCCCUAUUGUAACUAAUUCCUUUUCAUGGUCCUGUGUGUCUGUUUCCCUAUUGUAACUAAUUCCUUUUCAUGGUCCUGUGUGUCUGUUUCCCUAUUGUAACUAAUUCCUUUUCAAGGUCUGUGUGUUGUUUCCCUAUUGUAACUAAUUCCUUUUCAUGGUCCUGUGUGUCUGUUUCCCUAUUGUAACUAAUUCCUUUUCAUAAUCUGCGUGUCUGUUUCCCUAUUGUAACUAAUUCCUUUUCAUGGUCUGUGUGUCUUUUUCCAUAUUGUAACUAAUUCCUUUUCAUGGUCCCGUGUGUUUGUUUCCCUAUUGUAAUGAAUUCCUUCUCAAAAACACAGAGCUUCCUAAGCACAAACUGGAAGAAAUGAAGAGCUACCUGAUAAUGCUGAGUCGUAAUGUUUCCCUGGAGUGUCCGCAUUUAACAUUGCCUUUGUUGAGUCAGAAUCUGCUUUCCCCAGGUAUUUUCAUGGUUACCUAUCAUCUGAAUGAUUGCUUUCUUUUAACUCCUAUUACUGUUAGAUGUUUAAAAGGUCAUAGACCUACAAUUCCCAUCACUGUUAGAUGUUUAAAGGUCAUAGACCUACCAUUCCUGUUACUGUUUGAUGUUUAAAGUUCAUAGAUCUACAAUUCCCAUUACUGUUAGAUGUUUAAAGGUCAUAGAACUACAAUUUCCAUCAAACCUAGUAUGUCUAAAGGUCAUAGAAUUAGUGAAUCUUCAUUCAUCUGUUGUGGGCUUUUUAUGAAAUCACCAAUAAAACACAAAACCUUUUACGAUGUAAGCUCUGAAUCGCAUUUGAAUGCCCUGGAGUAACAUAACUUGUUUCUCCCUCAUCAAUCUUUGAAGAGCUACACGAGUUUAUUUUCUUUAGGCAUACAAAUAGUCUUCCUUCGUCCGGUACAGUAAUGACCUGUUGUUUGAACUAUGCUUAAAUGUUAAAGAGCUAGGAAGCACAAGAUAUAUGAAAAUGUGAUCAUAGACACACAGGACAUAUGAAAAUAUGAUCAUAGACACACAGGACAUAUGAAAAUGUGAUCAUAGACAAACAGGACAUAUGAAAAUGUGAUCAUAGACACACAGGACAUAUGAAAAUGUGAUCAUAGACGCACAGGACAUAUGAAAAUGUGAUCAUAGACACACAGGACAUAUGAAAAUGUGAUCAUAGACACACAGGACAUAUGAAAAUAUGAUCAUAGACACACAGGACAUAUGAAAAUGUGAUCAUAGACAAACAGGACAUAUGAAAAUGUGAUCAUAGACACACAGGACAUAUGAAAAUGACUAGUAUCUGUGUGUCCUGUAUACUUUUACACUUCAUAGACAAACAGGACAUAUGAAAAUGUGAUCAUAGACACACAGGACAUAUGAAAAUGUGAUCAUAGACACACAGGACAUAUGAAAAUGUGAUCAUAGACACACAGGACAUAUGAAAAUGUGAUCAUAGACACACAGGACAUAUGAAAAUGUCAUCAUAGACACACAGGACAUAUGAAAAUGUGAUCAUAGACACACAAGACAUAUGAAAAUGUGAUCAUAUACACACAGGACAAACAAAAAUGUGAUCAUAGAUACACAGGACAUAUGAAAAUGUGAUCAUAGGCACACAGGACAUAUGAAAAUGUGAUCAUAGACACACAGGACAUAUGAAAAUGUGAUCAUAGACAAACAGGACAUAUGAAAAUGUGAUCAUAGACACACAGGACAUAUGAAAAUGUGAUCAUAGACACACAGGACAUAUGAAAAUGUGAUCAUAGACACAAAGGACAUUUGAAAAUGUGAAUACAGACAGACAGGACAUAUGAAAAUGUGAUCAUAGACACACAGGACAUAUGAAAAUGUAAACACAGACAGACAGGACAUAUGAAAAUGUGAUCAUAGACACACAGGACAUAUGAAAAUGUGAUCAUAGACACACGAGACAUAUGAAAAUGUGAUCAUAGACACACAGAACAUAUGAAAAUGUGAUCAUAGACACACAAGACAAAUGACAAUGUAAUCAUAGACACACAGGACAUAUGAAAGUAUGAUCAUAGACACACAGGACAUAUGAAAAUGUGAUCAUAGAUACACAGGACAUAUGAAAAUGUGAUCAUAGACACACAAGACAAAUGACAAUGUAAUCAUAGACACACAGGACAUAUGAAAAUAUGAUCAUAGACACACAGGACAUAUGAAAAUAUGAUCAUAGACACACGGGACAUAUGAAAAUGUGAUCAUAGACACACAAGACAUAUGAAAAUGUGAUCAUAGACACACAGGACAUAUGAACAUGUGAUCAUAGACACACAGGACAUAUGAAAAUGUGAUCAUAGACACACAGGACAUGUGAAAAUGUGAUCAUAGAAACACAGGACGUAUGAAAAUGUGAUCAUAGAAGCACAGGACAUAUGGAAAUGUGAUCAUAGACACACAGGACUAUGAAAAUGUGAUUAUAGACACACAUGACAUAUGAAAAUAUGAUCAUAGACACACAAAACAUAUGAAAAUGUGAUCAUAGACACACAAGACAUAUGAAAAUGUGAUCAUAGACACACAGGACAUAUGAAAAUGUGAUCAUAGACACAUAGGACAUAUGAAAAUAUGAUCAUAGACACACAGGACAUAUGAAAAUGCGAUCAUAGACGCACAUGACAUGAAAAUGUGAUGAUAGACACACAGGACAAGUGAAAAUGUGAUCAUAGACACACAGGACAAGUGAAAAUGUGAUCAUAGACACACAGGACAUAUGAAAAUGUUAUCAUAGACACACAGGACAUAUGAAAAUGUGAUCAUAGACACACAGGACAUAUGAAAAUGUGAUCAUAGACACACAGAACAUAUGAAAAUGUGAUCAUAGACACACAAGACAAAUGACAAUGUAAUCAUAGACACACAGGACAAGUGAAAAUGUGAUCAUAGACACACAGGACAUAUGAAAAUAUGAUCAUAGACACACGGGACAUAUGAAAAUGUGAUCAUAGACACACAAGACAUAUGAAAAUGUGAUCAUAGACACACAGGACGUAUGAACAUGUGAUCAUGGACACACAGGACAUAUGAAAAUGUGAUUAUAGACACACAUGACAUAUGAAAAUAUGAUCAUAGACACACAAAACAUAUGAAAAUGUGAUCAUAGACACACAAGACAUAUGAAAAUGUGAUCAUAGACACACAGGACAUAUGAAAAUGUGAUCAUAGACACAUAGGACAUAUGAAAAUAUGAUCAUAGACACACAGGACAUAUGAAAAUGCGAUCAUAGACGCACAUGACAUGAAAAUGUGAUGAUAGACACACAGGACAAGUGAAAAUGUGAUCAUAGACACACAGGACAUAUGAAAAUGUGAUCAUAGACAAACAGGACGUAUUAAAAUGUGAUCAUAGAAGCACAGGACAUAUGAAAAUGUGAUCAUAGACACACAGGACUAUGAAAAUGUGAUUAUAGACACACAUGACAUAUGAAAAUAUGAUCAUAGACACACAAAACAUAUGAAAAUGUGAUCAUAGACACACAAGACAUAUGAAAAUGUGAUCAUAGACACACAGGACAUAUGAAAAUAUGAUCAUAGACACACAGGACAUAUGAAAAUGCGAUCAUAGACGCACAUGACAUGAAAAUGUGAUCAUAGACACACAGGACAAGUGAAAAUGUGAUCAUAGACACACAGGACAUAUGAAAAUGUGAUCAUAGACACACAGGACAUAUGAAAAUAUGAUCAUAGACACACACAAAUUUGUCAGCGCAAAGCCUUUAUCAGCAAACAAAAUAUGAAAAGUAAAAAAAUUCAAAGCUAAACUUAAAAAGUGUAGCAAGAACGAAUGCAGACCUGUUUACUCUUACGAUUUUGGCGUACAAUGUACGAUUUUGAGGUAUACAUUAUAUAUGCAGCACGUCUUUGCUCUAUAAAGAGAAUGUAUUGAACGAUUAUAUGAUGAUAUUGUACGAUUUUAAGGGUUUGAGGGUAAACAGGUCUGCGAAUGCACCUAGUCUGAGAAGUUAGUUUGUUUUUAGUUGUCAUUUCAUUUCUGUUGCUUUGCUGAAGCUGGCUUUUGGCCAAGUGUUUUAUUUUUAUCAAGCCUUGAUGUAGCAUCAGGUGCUAUGUGUUUCAUUAUUUAACAACUUGAUUGCAGCCUGUACCAUAUGAUUCCUGAAUUGCUUAGGCAGAGUCUGCUGUAUCCUAAUCAAAUGACAAUCUUUGUAGGUUAUCCAAGAAUCCCCAAUACUGGCACAGUAAAAAUCAACUCCAGUUUAGGGCGGCUCUGUGGAACUUCCAAAUUUGUCCAGUCCAAUGCCAAAAGUCCAUACAACCACAGAAUAGGUUUGUAGAUUAAGGAAUUUUAAGUAGUCUCUAAUUUCCAUUUCAUUUGACACCAAUUUGUUUCUUUUCCUUUUGAGAAAUAAUUUUACAUUAAAUUCAUUUUGCAAUGCCACUCAAGGAAAGAAAGUGUUUGCAUGUUAUGUUUCUUCAAGAGCUUUUAAAUACUCAAAAUUUUUCUUGUUUUUCCAUCUGGUAUAUACACGAAUAAAUCAGAAGAUUUUCCGACGCGAGAGCAGGCCACAUACAUCUGUCCAUGGGCGAAGCAUGGGUUUUCCAAAUUUAGUCCGCAAACUUGUAGCGAUUGUCCCUGUGCUUUGUAGAUAGUCAUUGUAGACGCGUGUCGCAUCGGAAACUGUAGGCGUUUGAAUUCAAAUGGCAUAUCUGUUGGAAUCAUUGGGGUGAAUGGCAAAAGUACAUCACCUAGUUUAAAUUUUCCAUUUAAAAUAGUAACUUCAAUGGAACCAAUUUCGGAAGAUUCAUUUGAAAAAAUGUACCGUACCUAAUGCUUCGAUAUCAAAGUGCGUUUCUCGUUGCAAAUCAAGAGCGAAAAGUUUGUUUGCAGAUCGAUUCCGAGAGGUCAUUCCCAACUCAUGAAUCAUCAAUCGAUAUGAAUAGUAUUUCAUGGCACUGUCUUUCUUAUUCGAAUUUCUCAAUUUGAUGUCAAAAUGAUAUCCAUCUUCUCCUUGCCAAAAUAAAAUAGGAUAUUGCAAUCAAACGUAUGAGCGAUGAGUUUCUGAGACUCGCUGAACAUCAACACUUCUGCGAUGAAGAAUUAUAUCACUUGAGUUAAAUUCUUUGCCAACUAUAAUGAUCGCCACUUCAUCAAUUGUUGGUGCAUUGUAUUGUCUUUCAUGUUGGCCGACAGGUGUUUAGUCUGCUCUAACUAUGACUUUGUAUUCAUCAGUCGGCAUCUUUUCAAGUGCAACUCUAUACAUUUGAAUUAAUUCGUUGUGUUGCAAAAAUAACGUUUGCAUUGCAGCGACGAUUUCUCGUUUAGUGCCCGUAUUGAUAUGACAACGUUGAUCGAUUUGCUCAUCAGUAUUCCCCAUGAAAUCAUUUGAAGACAUUUGUGAUCUGUGUUUGGCAUUGGCAUCAGAGAUCCUACACGAUGGUAAAUUUGGCCUUUCACUUUACUUUAAAUGUUGGCAUGUAAUUCUCGCGCACGAUAUUUGUUGCACCGAACGAUGUCAUUUGGAAACAUGAAUUGCAUUUGCGUAUGUUUGCCAAGAAAUGUUUCGAUUGGCUAUUGUCACCUGAUACCAACAAUGAUAAUGGUUUUGAUGGUGAAUGUAAUUCUCACACGUUAGGAUCUCCCAUCUUUUUACAUGAAAACCUCGCACAAUAGGUACGUUCAUUGUUGGCAGGAGAUUUCCAGUUGUAUAGUUUCUCAUUAAUUUAUAAAUCGUAAAUUCCAGCGGUAAAAAAUGACCAUAGUUCAAUAUCUACGCUGUAAAGUGUGUUAUUUAAUUACUUGAGAAACCAUCGAUUGGUGUAAAAUGUAUUUACAUAACACAAAACAACUCCGAAAUUAUAAGACUCUAUUCAAGAAAUACUCUUAGUUAAAAAAAAAAACGCGAUUUCGAUGUCAUUUCCGAUUCUAAAAUGCGUCACAAAAUUCAAGCAUAUUUAUACAUAUAACAAAAAUACUCUCUACACUAAAAAUGUAAAAACGUGUUUUCUCUGCUUUACUACAAAUGUGUCAUUUGUUCAAGGAAUAUUUUAGUAGAGUUAUAAUGGCUUAGAAAAAUGCUCUGGCUCUUGGACAACAACUCACCUCAGUUUUAUCGCAAGCGCUUGAAUGAUGUAGGAGCGCAUGCGGUUUGAAAUUAUAUUUAUAUAGCUCAUUUUGUAAGAAACAAACAUAGGGCACCUGGCUCAACACUGAAUAUUUUAAAACGGUUGUAGUAAUUUAAGAAUUUUUGUGGGCGAUAGAACAACAUCUCACUAAAUUUUUAUCGCAUUCUGAAAAAUGGUAUAGGAGCGCAUAGAAAAUUAUUUUUUACAAAGCGCAUAUAAGAAAAAAUAAGAAUUUGGGUCAAUGAAUGGUUAUGUUUAUAGAUAACAACUCGUCAAAGUUUUGUCGCAAUGCGCACUUACCACGUCGAGCGCAUACGGUUUGAAAUUAUAUUUAUAUAGCUCGUAUAAGAAAAAAACGUAAAUAAGGCCGCUGGCUAAAAUUGGAAUAUUUUGAAAAGUUUAUAAUAAUUUAAAAACCUUUGCGGCCGCGCUUCCAACAUCUCACCAAAGUUUUAAGUUUUAUUGCAAUCGAAUAAAUGGCGUAGGAGCGCAUAUGAAAAUUAUUUUUUACAAAGCUCAUAUAAGAAAAAAUACGAAUUAAGGGCCAACGGCCGAAAACAGAAUGUUUUUAAAAGUGUUUAAAUAACACAGUAAAAUGAACUGGCGCAUGGACAACAACUUACUAAGUUUUGUAGCAAUCGCAUGAUUGGUGUAGGAGCGCAUACGGUUUGAAAAUAUAUUUAUAUAGCUCAUAUAAGGAAAAACGAAUAUGAGGCCCCUGGCUCAAAACUGAAAAAUUUAAAACGGUUGUAAUAAUUUAGAAACCUUUAUGGACAUACUUGCAACAUCUCACCAAAGUUUUAUCGGAAUCGGAAAAAUGGCGUAGGAGCGCAUAUGAACAUUAUUUUUUACAAAGCUCAUAUAAGGAAAAAUACGAAUUAAGGGCCAACGGCCGAAAACGGAAUAUUUUUAAAAGUGUUUAAAUAAUACAGUAAAAUGCAUUUGUGCAUGGACAACAACUCACUAAGUUUUGUAGCAAUCGCAUGAUUGGUGUAGGAGCGCAUACGGUUUGAAAAUAUAUUUAUAUAGCUCAUAUAAGGAAAAACGAAUAUGAGGCCCCUGGCUAAAAACUGAAUAUUUUAAAACAAUUGUAAUAUUUUAGAAAUGUUUAUGAACAUGCUCGCAACAUUUUACCAAAGUUUUAUAUGAAUCGGAUAAAUGGCGUAGGAGCGCAUGUGGAAAAUAUUUUUACAAAGCUCAUAUAAGAAAAAAAACAAAUUAAGGGCUAACGGCUAGGAACAGAACACUUGAUAAGAUUUUUAAUGUCUUAGUUAAAUGGCUGGUUAUGUGGAAAACAACUGUUUAAAGUUUUGUCGCAUGAAUGGUGUAGGAACGCAUACGAGACAUACAGACAGACAUACAAACAUUCAUUUUUAUAUAUAUAGAUGAGUCGUUUCAGUGGGAGAUGAAACAAAACUAUAUGCUUUAAACUGAAUUUGUCCACAGACGCAUUAAUGUACGUGGAGUCACAUGUCUCUUUGGUGCUGCCUGAAGACGUGGAGGCCAAGAUUGAAGAAGGGACAGAUGUUGAAAGGCAAGCUUUGAUCCUUGAUCUAUUUCUUAGUGGGUUGAGAUUGAAUACUGAUGCAUUUUGCUUACCACCAAUACACUUUGUUUCCCUACUGUGAAUCAAGCUAGAUUUCAAAAACUGUUGUUUAAAAAAAAAAUAUAUAUAUUUUCACUUAAUCUUAAUUCAUGAUAAAUGAAGGCUCAUAACUACCUCAAAAUUCUUGAUCCACCACAUUCGGGCCCUCAUAUUUCUCCCACUUCAUAUCUCUGCUUCAGAAUCGCCAUCUUAUAUCUGAACCCCCAUCAUUAUUGCUGUCGCAGCGAGCACAUGAUCGGUAAGACACAG